AUGGAAAAGUCGAAAAACUUCCGAAUCGACGCCCUGCUCGCCGAUGAGACCAACCGGGGCACCCGAGACCUCUCUCCUGGUCUGAGCAACGACAGCCCCGGGGGGAGCCCAAUUUCAUGUCGCCGUGCGGACACUCCUUCCCCGCGGGCCGCACAGCUGCAGACCGGAAUAAUCCCCAAACCAACUAUUCUGAAUCUCCCACAUCCAGGACUCGCUUCUCUACCCCAAGGUGCGAUUCCCGGUAUGUACCCUGCACCCAUGUACCCAUUGUCGGCUUUGGGUGGGCAGCACCCUGCAUUCGCAUACACCGGUUUCACACAGCUUACGCAAACCUACCCGGAGCACCUGAAGGCGGCUGCCAUGGCUGGAUCUCUGCCGCUGGAGCACUGGAUCCGCGCUGGGAUCAUGAUGCCUCGUCUGCCAGAUUAUAGCUGUGAGCCUAACUAUUUUUCUCCUUCUCUUCCAGCGGGCCCUCAGUCCGGCCUGUUGGGGAAAUGCAGGAGGCCUCGCACUGCUUUCACCAGUCAACAGCUCCUGGAGCUGGAGAACCAGUUCAAACUAAACAAAUACCUGUCCAGACCCAAACGCUUUGAAGUGGCCACCUCACUCAUGCUGACUGAAACACAGGUCAAGAUCUGGUUCCAAAAUCGGAGAAUGAAAUGGAAGCGCAGCAGAAAGGCAAAGGAGCAGGCUACCACCUCUAACCAGGCUGAGACAGAGCGACUACGCAACGAAGGAAAAGCAACCAGUGACAAAUCUGAUGAGAGCAGACGAGCUGAGAAUCCGGAUGACAGAGGGAUAGAUCUCAUCCUGGAGGAUGAAGAUGAGGUAGAUGGAGAACAUGUAGAGGAGGAGGAAGAAGAAGAAGAAGAAGAAGAAGAAGAUGAGGAAACCCAACAUGGUUAUCCUGUUGCUAUGGGUAACAGAGUUGGGAUGCAAAGGUCCACAGACUUCUUGCAGCGCAGCAACAACCUUGGCUACAAUCCCCACAGCCCGUUCUCUGAUGAUGCUCUUGACGGGGUGCAAGUAGGAGGAGGAGACAGGAAGAUUGGAGCAGGAUUGUGAGAAAACACCAAGCUGGUCGCCUGAGUGUUGCAGAGACAUUAACACCAGGGACACGUCCCAAAAUGUCAGUGUUUGUUGUUACUUG